AUGACGGAAGUCGAUGUUAACGAUUUGAUCUUGCGACUGUUGAGUGUGGGACAACCGAAUAAAGGUCUUACGAAAACUGUUCGUGAGCCUGAAAUCAUAUCACUUUGCCAUAAAGCUCGUGAAAUUUUCAUGGUACAACCAUCAUUAAUAGAAAUCGAUCCACCUGUUCGCAUUUGUGGUGAUACGCACGGUCAGUAUGGCGACCUAUUACGAAUCUUUGGUCGUGGCGGUUUCCCUCCCCUUGCCAAUUACUUAUUCCUGGGUGAUUACGUAGAUCGCGGACAACAAAAUCUGGAAACUAUCAUAUUAGUAUUCUGUUAUAAGGUGAAGUUUCCAAAUAAUUUCUUUUUACUUCGCGGGAACCACGAAUGCGCUAAUGUUAAUCGGGUUUAUGGCUUUUAUGAGGAAUGUAUGCGUCGUUUCAAUUCAGCUCAAUUGUGGCAAAUAUUUCAGGACACAUUUCAGUGUAUGCCAUUAACAGCACUUGUUGGUGAGCGUAUACUGUGCAUGCACGGUGGUAUAUCACCACAACUAAAAAGUCUUCAACAGCUGCGAGAAAUUAAACGACCAACCAAUGUCACAAGUCCGUCGUUGGAAAUGGAUUUAUUGUGGGCAGAUCCGGUAAUAGGCAUUAGUGGAUUUCAAAUGAAUAUGCGAGGCGCUUCGUUUGGAUUUGGAUCAGAUAUUUUAACUACAUUAUGUAAAGAACUGAAUAUUGAUAUGGUGGCUCGUGCUCAUCAAGUGGUACAAGAUGGAUAUGAAUUUUUCGGAGCCCGCAAAUGUGUCACCAUAUUUUCCGCACCUCAUUAUUGUGGACAAUUUGACAAUGCUGCAGCAAUAAUGUCUGUGGAUCAAAAUCUUUUAUGCUCAUUCCAGAUUUUAAGGCCAACCGUAGGCCGGGCUGCUAUUAAGAUUAUACCGACUUCCAUGGGAAAAUGUUGA